AUGAGCAAAUUGCGAAGCUGCUCCCAGAAAAAUCUUUCAACAAGUUUUAACAACGUGAAUUACAAGAAGAGUAACCAAGAAAAAAAAAGAGGAAAUUGAAAAAUCACUCAAGUCGACCCACAUAUCUUUAAUAGCAUCUGAAUGAAUGGGACUUUUCAUAAAAGCUACGACGUCCUUCCAUCCGUAAAUGCUUCUUUUGCGCAGAAUCUAGAAGAAAAAACACGUGCAAGGGUAAUAAGGGAAAAAAUUGAAGCAAAUAAUUUAGCUGGGAAUAUCAUGCAGCCCUCAUUUUCUGAAAUAUCGCUGCAAGGCACAGGGAUUGAAAAAAUGAAAAUAAGAAGAAUGAACACAAAAACAGUGCUAAAACCUAUAGUGAAAAAUGUACAAAAACUGAAUAGAUUGAAUACAGUCACGAAUUUCCUUGAUAUAUCAAAGCCAACCCAGGAGAGUGCAAAUAGCUCACUAUUAUACCCGAUUUUUCAAUAUAAAACCCCAGAGACUUCAUGCAGAUCAAGUAAUUUUCAUAGUAAAAAAGCGAAAUUGUUUAGCAGCCUUCAAAGAAAUCACUUAUUGUCAUCAAAAGAAAUUUUUUCUCAGUUAGGCUAUCUGCAUCGUAUUUUAUUUAAACCACGUAAAAUAACGGAAAACAACGCAAUUUUAAUAAUAUCAAUUGAAGGAGUUUUAACGUCUUCUUAUCAAAACGAAAACACGAUGAAUUUAAAAGUCCGCUCAGAUUUUGCGAAUUCCUUAAGAGAAUUACAAACAAACUAUCAAAUUGUUUUAGUUUCAAAAUUAAAGCUCAAUGAAAUUGUUAAUAUUCUGACUAUAAUGUGUACAAAAGCUGUUUAUAUAACAGCAGCAUAUAAACUUGUAGAGACAGGAAAAGACAUCAAGCAAAACUUUGUAAAUAAAAAUAACGACUGAUAUAUAGACUACGGACAAGUGUUCAAUGAUUUUGGAAUCUCUGGAGAUAAAGCCAAAAAAGUAAUAGUUAUUUGUCCAUUACUGCUAAGCCCUUGUGAAAUGCCUUUUCCUUAUAAUAUUCUUGAAUACUCAGGAUGUAUAAAUCCAUCAAUCUAUAUUACGCAUGCACCAAUACCUACAAAAGAGCACCCAUUUACACCGUUGACCAUUUGUUUGCCUCAUAUUGAUUUGCAGCCUUUGAUUGGCUUGUAUAGUGUUAUUGAUAUAAUUAAACAGGUUUUAGAAACCCCUUACUCCCCCCCCCCCCCCCGUGAGCGAACAAAAUUUUUUUGUUCGCUCACGGAGGGGGGUUAAUUUUUUUUUUUAAAAAAAAAUUUAUAUAUAAAUUUUAUAAAAAAUAUUUUUUUCGAAAUUUAAAAAAAUCCUAAUUUGCAAAAAUUGGGAAGCAAAUAUUAAUUUAAUUUGCAAAAUUUAUGUUUUAAAACGCAAUUUGUUUAAAAUUAAACAGAAUUAGCUCUAGAUUUCAUUAUACUAAUUAUCACUUAUAUAUCAAAAUUUUUUUCCAUUAAAAUUUUUUCUAUUAAAAAAAUUUUUGUUCACUCACGGAGGGUGGGUUUUUGGUCAAAAAAUGGCGAUUUUUCUAAUGGUUUUGUUCGCUCACGGAGGGGGGGGGGGAGUUAUACGCUUGCUGAUUUAAGUACAAUUAAAAAUAUCAGUUGUGUCCAUACAAACUGUUUAAAUCAAGAACUGAUUUUUAAAUAUUAUCCUCCGACUGCAGAAGAAAUAAGGAAAAUUACCCAAAGCAGGCCACAUUAUAAAGCUGGGCAUAAUGAGGAUUUAUUGAAAACCUAUUUUUUAAUCGUCACUGGAGGGAUGCUAUGUGGCACAAAAGUAAUUAGUGAAGUAAAAACCAAACAAAUCGCAGGGUAUUCAAAUUUACUUGAAGUUUCCCUAUUAUCAGCAUAA